UUUCUCCCCAGCCGCCUCUUCCCAGUCUCUAGUCCUUGUCAUGCUUUUCUUUUACAGAGUCUGCCUGGCCGUCCUUAUGUGUCUGUCUCCGUUUCCCUGGAGAGACUCUUUCUUAAACCCAUUUCCUGCCAUGCGCCUCUGCGGAAAAACUCCAGAAUCAGAACGUUGACCCUUCGUGAUAGAGGAGGCUAAUGAAUUCCAGUAUUCUUUGUGACAGACACUGAUGCCCCUGCAUUUCCGAGGUCACUAAGACCCACACAGACUCCCGGCAGCUCUCACGGAUGGAGGUCUCUGCGCCCAUCCCCACGGCCAACCGCUCCUCAGUGCUGGAGUUCGUGCUUCUGGGGGUCACCGACAAGCGCGGGCUCCAGCUCCUCCUCUUCGGGGUCCUUCUGGUCACCUACACGCUGACCUUGCUGGGGAAUCUGCUCAUCGUCGCCCUCACCUUGGCGGACCGCCGCCUGCACACCCCGAUGUACUUCUUCCUGCGCCACUUCUCGCUGCUGGAGGUGGGUUUCACGUCCACUGUGUCUCCGCAGUUGCUGGCACACCUGUUGGCGGCGCGCGGGGCCAUCUCCCGCCACCGCUGCUUUGCGCAGAUGAUUCUCUACUUCACCCUGGGCGCGGUGGAGGCCCUACUGCUGGCCGUGAUGUCCACCGACCGCUUUCUGGCCAUCUGCCGGCCCCUGCGCUACUCCGCGCUCAUGACACCCCGCGUCUGCUCCUCCUUGGUGCUGGCCUGCUGGGCAGUCACCCUCCUGGCCCUGCCUGGGCUGUUUGCCUGGAUGUUAUCUCUCCCUUUCUGUGGCCCGCGAGUCCUCAAUCACUUCUUCUGCGACAGUUCCCCUUUGCUGGAGCUGGUGUGUGCAGACACCAGGCUUCUGCAGCUGGUGGCCUUCCUGGUGGCUGUGUGCACCCUGCUCAUUGCUACACUGAUCACAACCUUGUCUUAUGGCUGCAUCAUCAGCACCAUCCUGCGCCUGCCUGCAGCUGGGGCUCGCAGCAAGGCCUUCUCCACCUGUUCUUCCCAUAUCCUGGUGGUGUCGAUGAGCUAUGGGAGCUGCAUCAUCAUGUACCUGAACCCCACACAGACAGGGAGGCUGGACCUCAACAAAGGAAUAGCUUUCUUCAACACGACAGUGUCACCCCUGCUGAACCCUUUCAUCUACUGCCUCAGGAACCAACUGGUCCACACAGUGUGCAGGGAUUUGCUGCUCAGGGGAAGGGAGCUUUCUUCCAAGAUAUUCAGAGCAUAAGACUGUGAAGCUGUGCUCUUGGUGUAUCGGCAUUGUUAUUGAUUUGCUUAUUAGUUAUUGUGGAUGUGUGUGUUUUGGUUUUCUGUGGUUUGAACACAGGGACUAUGCUCACGGUGAGGCCAAGUGCUCCACGAUUGAGCUACACCCUCAGCCCUCUUUUCCUUUGUUAUUUUCAAACACUGUCUCAAGAAGUUGCUGAAUUAAAGCUGGUCUCGAACUCACACUGUAAGUGAUGAAGGUCUUGGCAUCUCCAUCCUCUGGCCUCCGUCUCCUGAGUGGCUGGAAUUGGCAUGAGCACCAGGUCUUGUUGGUUGAAUCAAAGUGGAAUCAUUUUUUCCUUUAUUUUUAUUUAUUUAUUAUUUAUUUUAUUUUGUGUGUCUGGGGGGGGGUAUUUUGUCUGCAUGUAUCUGAGUACCGCUUGUAUGCAGUGCCCACAGAGAGAGGCCAGAAGAAAGGUUCCCUGGGACUGGAGUUACAGAUGAUUGUGGCUGUCAUGUAGUUGCUGGGAAUGGAACCCAGGUCUUCUGGAAGAGCAACCAGUGCACUUCACUGCUGAGCCAUCUCUGCAGCCAAAAGAAGGCAUAUUUAUUUGACUAAGGAAGACAAACAACAGAACAAACAAACAAACAAACAAACAAAGAAAAUUAAUUUUAAAGCUCAUGUUACCAGGCACAGUGGUGCUACCAAAUUCAUAUUUACAGUCUGUGCCACCAGAAGUCAGCUUGGGCUACCCAUCCUUAAGAAGCCAAUGAAAAUAGCUAAAUUAACAAUAAAAAGCAGAUUUUUUUUUCAAUUCAGCCACACUGGGAAGAGAGUACAAAGUGAUCCAGUGAUCACUGCUCCACUUAAGACUCUCUUCCACUCAAAUCUCUCUUCAGAUCCCUGAAGAGAGAUUAAAGUUUAAAUAGAGAGCCAGGGAUAAACUCAACUAAGCUCUCCUAAAACCUGAGUCUCAAAAAACAAAAGACAAAAACUGAGUCUUGGGCAGUGGUGGCGCACGCCUUUAAUCCCAGCACUCAGGAGGCAGAGGCAGGCAGAUCUCUGUGAGUUCGAGGCCAGCCUGGGCUACCAAGUGAGUUCCAGGAGAGGCGCAAAGCUACACAGAGAAACCCUGUCUCGAAAAACAAAACAAAAAAACCCUGAGUCUCCAGGAGGUCAUAGUUCAUAGAAAAGAACCUAGUACUGUUGUUUUGUUUAAAUGUGUGUGCUAAAAAGGGCUGGAGAAGUGGCCCAGAGGUUAAGAACAGUGGUUGCUCUUGCAGAGAACCCAGGUCCAAUUCUCAGCACCCACAUGGUGGCUACCAUCUGUAAUUCCAGUUCAUGAGCAUCUGAUGUUCUUUUCUGACCUCCCAGGGCACUGGAUGCAUGUUCCAUGCAUGCAGGCAAAGCACUUAUACACAUAAAAUAAAAUAAAUAAAUCUUUUAAAUAAACAGUUGUAUUGUGGCACUGCCCUCUAAAUAUUUAUGUUAAUACUCAUAGAUGAGUACUGCUCUUAACCCUCACCAGAAAUGUCUCGUUCCUGUGUGGGCAACAAGGUAGAAACACAUAAUCCUCAAAGUGCUGAUAACAAGGGACUGUUUGGUACUCAUCCCUACACAAGGCAUUUCUAUUAAUCAUUCCCCCAAAGGCUCAGGGAAUGUCACAGAAGAAGAAGUGGAAAGAAAUCAAGAUCUGGAGAAUGAGGAGAGCUAUAGAAUCUGUCUUCUGGACAGGACAGGGCUUUUGUAGCCGUGGUUACCUGAACAAGAUUAAGCUAAUGCUGUCAAGCUAAUGUCAGCAUUCCAACAGGUCGCACUGACUGGACUCAGUGGUUUAUCAAAACAAACCAAAUCAAAAUGUACAAACAAAGAACCAACAAGCUGGGUGGUGGCGGUGCACGUCUUUGAUCCCAGCACUUGGGAGGCAGUCUCUGAGGUUUCUGAGUUCAGCGUUUGGUGCCAGCCUGAUCUACAGAGGGAGUUCCAGGACAGCCAAGGCUACGUGGGGAAACCUUGUCUCGGAAAGAGCAAAGGAAAAAAUAAAAGGAAGAGAACAUGAAGUUAGAAAAGGACCUGUGAAUGGGUGUCUAUGAGAGUGGGGAGUGGAGGGGUAGAUAUACACACAUUGUAAAUAUAUGUAUGAAAUUAUCAAAGAAUACAUAAAAGAUAUUCUUUUAAAUAUUUUUAGAUUUGUUUGUUUUUAUUACAGGUGAGUGUUUUGACUGAAUGUAUGUCUUUGCACCAUGUAUAUGCCCAGUGCCCACAGGAGCCAGAACAGAGUGACAUCACCUGGUAUUUGAGUUAUAGAUGGUUGUGAGCAGUCAUGUGGGAGCUGGAAAACAGACCUGCAACUACUCUUUUUGUUUAUUUGUUUGUUUGUUUGUUUUGAAACAGGGUUUCUCUGUGCAGCCCUGGCUGUCCUGGAACUCACUCUGUAACUAGGCUGACUUCAAACUCAGAGAUCCACCUGCCUCUGCUUCCCAAGGGCGGGGACUGAAGGCGUGUGCCACCACUGGCUGGCCAAUCUGCAGCUACUCUUAACCAAUGAGCUCACUCUCCAUCCUCCAAUAAAUAAUAAUCAUAAAUACAUAAAUAAAAUAAAGAUGAGACUCCAAACAAGUUCCCAUGGGCAACAUCUGAAGGAAGUCGAGUUAAUCACUCCCUUAAGGAGGAUGAAAAUUUUAGAUGUUUUCUGGGUCCCUGAGGUCUGAGGCUUUGGGGAAGCUGAGAGGGCAAGGUCCUUUAUCUUCACACUGGCUCCUGCAAUAAUAGUGUCUCUGGAGAGCAGGGCCACUCCAUGUCUCUCAAGGACCUAAAAAUCUUUCUUUUGUCCCUCUCCUUGCCUUCCUGUGGGCUUCCUAGUCCUUUCCUUUCUGUGUCUCUGUCAUUUUUCUUGUCUUCUGUCUUCCUGUGGUUCCUGUCUUCCCUUUCCCCCCGGCUCUCCGGCCACCCCUUGUCUUGUGUGCUUUUUCCCAGCUGCCUCCCUUCCUCAUCUCCAUCUCCGUGGACCCCUGCUGUGUUCUCAACCUUCCUGACGCUGAGAUCCUCAUGUUCUGGUGACCCCGACCAUACAGUUAUUUCCGUUGCUACUUCACAUCUGUAAUUUUGCUGCUGUUACAAAUUGUAAUGUAAAUAUCUGACAUGCAGGAUGUCUGAUAUUCAACCCCUGUGAAAGGGUCAUUUGACCCUCAGAAGGGUCACAGCCCACAGGUUGAGAACCACUGCCUUACAGGGUGUGGUGAUAUAUGGUGUACCCUAAUAAAAUUUGCCUGAAGAUCAGAGGACAGAACAAGCCACUAGAUAAAACAUAGAGGCCAGGCAGUGGUGGCACACACCUUUAAUCCCAGUACUGGGAAGCACACAAGCCUUUAAUGCCAGGAAGUGAAGGCUGGGCGGAAAAAGGUACAUAACGCAUGAGGAGACAGGAACUAAGGGCUUCUCAGCUAGAGGCUUUUUCAGCUGGAGUCUUUUGGUUGAGGACUCAGAGAAUUUCAGUCAGAGGAUUCGUGGAGUUGGUGAGGUAAGAGGUGAUGGCUGUGGCUUGCUCUGCUUCUCUGAUCUUUCAGACUAAGUUUUAUUAGUUUAUUUUAUAGUUUACUUAUAUAUUUAUUACACUAUCACCACAGCAGGGUCUGACUGUGUGUAUCUGUUUCUAUUCUGCUCUGAGGAGUCCUUGUCUCUGUCAUUUGGGCUGGUUUGACUAAGGAACCUCUCACGUUAGUCCAUUCCUGCCAUGUGCUUCUAUGGGAAAACUUGAGAAUAAGUACCUUGGCCCUUCAUGAUAAAGGGGACUGAAAAAUUCCAGGUAAUUUUUUUUUUUUUUUUAUUUCAGAGCAGAGUCUCACAGUGCAGCUCAGGUUAAGCCUCAAGCCCGUGAUGUGUCUGCCUCAACCUCUCAUGCACUGAAACUGCUGGUAUGCAUCCCCACACCCAACCUUCCUGUUUUGUGAUCCGAAGUCAAUCCAUUCGCUAUGAAGGUGGAGGUCGCAGAGAAACAGGGAAGCAUGAAAGUACUGAGAGUGGGUGUGUGCAGUCAGUCCCAGCUGGUAUCAUGAAUCUCCACCAGUG